UGCUGUCUUCCCCUCUCCAGGCAGCAUCUGCAGGGCGAGAUGGCACGGCGGGCACUGGCACUGGCACUCUGCCUGUCCCUGUCUGCGGUGGCAUCUGCCGACUGUGUCACCCAGUGCUCCCUCUGCGCAGCCCAGACCCGCGGUGCCGAGAGCAGCGUCCAGCCCCUGAUGUGCCUGUGGGAAUGCCAGGGCUCCUUGUCACCCGGCCCCGAGUGGGAGAUGUGCAGGAAGGCGCUGGCGCUUCUGGCCCCGCUGGUGGCCCUGGCCGAGGGGACAGAGCCGUCCCCACAGGAGGCGGAGGAGGAUGAGGCAGAGUCGGAGCAGGGUCUGGGCGCUGCAGAGCUGCCGCCGGCGCCGGCCAAGCGCUACGGGGGCUUCAUGAAGAUGAUGUCCAAGGCGAAGCUGCUGUCCCUGCUCCGCGAGAACGCUCACGGCAAGGGCGGCCUCAGCAAGAAGUCCGGGGGCUUCAGCCGCAAGCCGGGCGAGCGAGCGGCCCCCGAGGACUACCCGUGGCCGGCAGGGGACGGGGACGAGGAGCCCACGGGGGCCGAGGGGCCGGAGCUGCACAAGCGCUACGGGGGCUUCCUGCGCCGCAUCCGGCCCAAGCUCAAGUGGGACAAUCAGAAGCGCUACGGGGGCUUCCUGCGGAGGCAGUUCAAGGUGACCACGCGGGCGGACGAGGACCCCAGCGCCUACUCAGGGGAGGUCUCAGACCUAUAGAGCCAGGCGUGGCACGGCACACCGCGGUCCCCCACACUGCCACCCCGACUGUGCCAUCGCCCCCAGCCCUGUCCCCUGCCCGGCCCGGUGUGGCUGGUGUCCUGGUGUCACCCUUGCCUCAUUCCCUCAGGGGACCGUGAGUUCCAUCCCAUUGUCCCCCUCUGGUUCACCUGCCCAUCCUGUGCGCGGAGGGGACAGUGCCACUCCUCUGGCGGUGUGGCUGUGGCCCAGCCCAGGGUUCCCGGGGGCGCUGGGGACACAGAUCCUUCAUCCUCCCAUGGCUGCCAGAGCACAGCGGGGUCUGGAAACCACCAGAGCUGAGGUACAGGGCAGGGGCCUCCAAGCACUGGGAAGGAUGAACCAGGGCAGGAUCGGGGAGGCCACGAGCACAGGUGGCUGGUGGAACCACAGCACCAUCACCAGGUGUUCAAGCAGUGCUGAGCCCAGCCCUCACUCCCCUCCCCUCCCCUCUCACAGUGUCCCACCGAUCCCAGCACCCACCUGGUGCCCCUGGGCUCCCCCUCCAAGAGCGACUCUAGAGGCAGGGUCAGCCCCAUGCCCCAACACCCAACU